CUUAGUGGCAGCGUUCCACCCUCGCAGCCUGGCGGAGCGCUGGGUACCACGCGGGGCAGCCUCCUUCGCCAAGCAUCCCUCGGCCGCCCGGCUCCUGACCAUGCACCUGAACGCAACUUCUUCGUGGCAGCAGCACCCGAGCCCGUUUCACCUGCAGCCCCCGGGCGAUGCGGCCGGGAACGUCUCCAACAGCUCGGAUCUGUACUCCGAAGGGCCGGACGAGGAAGAUCUGGAUGUGAACACCGACAUCUACUCCAAAGUCAUGGUCACGGUCAUCUACCUGGCUCUCUUCCUGGUGGGCACCAUCGGCAACUCCAUCACCGCCUACACCCUGGUGCGCAAGAAGUCCCUGCAGAACCUGCAGAGCACGGUGCACUACCACCUGGCCAGCCUGGCUUUCUCUGACCUGCUCAUCUUCCUCCUGUGCAUGCCCAUCGAGCUGUACAACUUCAUCUGGGUGCACCACCCCUGGGCCUUCGGGGACGCCGUCUGCAAAGGGUACUACUUCCUGAGGGAUGCCUGCACCUAUGCCACCGCCCUCAACAUCGCCAGCCUCAGCGUGGAGAGGUACAUGGCCAUCUGCCAUCCCUUCAAAGCCAAGAGCAUCAUGUCCAGGAGCAGGACCAAGAAGUUCAUCAGCUGCAUCUGGGUGGCCUCUUUCCUGCUGGCCAUCCCCAUGAUCUUCACCAUGGGCGAGAUCUAUGGCAGGGACCAGCAGCCCGACUCGCUGAUCUGUACCACCAUUGUGGAAGCCUCCACGCUUAAGACUGUCAUUCAGGUCAACACGUUCAUCUCCUUUGUGUUUCCAAUGGUCGUCAUUUCUGUCCUGAAUAGUAUCAUCGCCAACCAGCUCAUCAUCAUGUUCAAGCAAGCGGCACAAGAAAACCAGGUCUGCAUUAUUGGAGGACAGCAGGCGAUGCUCAGCAUGUCCAUGGAGCCCAGCCGUGUGCAAGCUCUGAAGCACGGAGUGAGAGUCCUGCGUGCUGUUGUGAUUGCUUUUGUGGUCUGCUGGCUUCCUUAUCAUGUACGGCGUCUCAUGUUUUGCUAUGUUCCAGCAGAUCACUGGACAGAGUUCCUUUAUAAUUUCUACCACUACUUCUACAUGUUGACAAAUGUCCUCUUCUACGUCAGUUCUGCCAUCAACCCCAUCCUCUACAACCUGGUAUCCGCAAACUUCCGCCAGAUCUUCCUCUCCACGCUCAUGUUCCUGUGCCUGCCAUGGAGAAAGAAGAAAAAGAGACCCAGCUUCACCAGGAAGUCCAACAGCAUCUCUAGCAACCAUACGUUUUCCAGCCAAGUCACUAGGGAAACGACAUACUGAGCCCCAAGUGAAGCCAAAGGAAGGGAGAAUGUGUUUCAACAUGGAUUUAGGACGUGAGAGAGACCUCUGGGACCUUAAUGCAUGGUCUCUAAAUUCACCAUAACACGAAUGUGUUUAGCAGUCUCAUUUUUGUUGGAACAAAUAGGCUUCGUUCUGCCAGUAACUUUGGGGUUAUUUUAAAGCAUCAGCCUUGCCUCUUGUGAAUAAUGUCUACGCAUUUUGUAACUUCGGUAUGGCAUAGAUUCCGAUGCAGUGUUAUCUGGAAAGCCAUAGCACUUCUUCAGCCUAUAAAUGUCAAGCUUAGGCAACUCAUAUCGUGCUUCGUCCUUUUCUCCGUGCAGAGAUGCCGUGCUAAAGUUGAAGAGCUCAACAUUGUUUCUCUUGGUGGCACUGAGCUGAGACUUUAAUGAGGAGCAAGGCAGUUUUGAGUGAACAGGGAUAUUUUUUGAGGGGGGGGAGUAGUAAUCCAAGAGGUGAUAAAAGAAAGAGAAAUGGAAAUAAUGGAAUCAAUGGGGAAUAUAGCACUCAGGGAGCAAGGUGGUUAUUUAUAGAACUCAUUCUGAUUAAUUAGACCAGGGUGUCCAGGAGAGCCAAUUUAGUGUCCCUAAAUUAAAUAAUAAAAUAACGAUAAUGCCUUACCUAUAUUAGGAUGGCACCUUGGAAAACACUGUUCAGUGCUCUUAGGGGGCAAGGAUCAUCUUUUUGUUAGGGGUGUGUGUAGUGCCUAGCACAAUGGGGCCUCGAUACCUCUUGGAUCCUUUCAGCAAGCUCAUCACACAAAUACAUAAAAUAAUACAUAAUAAUAAUAAUAAUGACAAAGUUUAGAAUGCUUAAAUUGAGGCAAAUCUUAUUGUUAAAAACAAAUAAGAGGGCAAUCUUACAUUUGCUUCAUAACCAAAUCCCAUUUUUACCACUGAAAAAAGGUAAAAAGUUAGUUGAGACAUAUCAAGAGAUGAGCAUAUGCCUGGACCAUGAUGAGCGAGGGCUGCUAAUGGAUGAAGGAGAGGCAUAGAGCAACCUGCAUGAAUUCUGCAGGGCACAGAUAAUUGAUUUCUUAGCCAUUCUUAUUCCAGUUUUUCUCAAUUUGCAAGUGUUUUAUUAGAGAGUUUGCGGAUAUCCCAAAGGGCAAGCUCAAGUCCAAGGUACAAGGGCCACAAAGGAAUCAUAGAAUAUCAGGGUUGGAAGGGACCUCAGGAGGUCAUCUAGUCCAACUCCCUGCUCAAAGCAGGACCAAUUCCCGACUAAAUCAUCCCAGCCAGGGCUUUAGAGUCCUAGACUCUAGUGCAAUUUUCUUUUUCUGUGACCUAAUGAUCUGUAUUUCCUAUCAUUUUUUAACUGGUGUCUUUACCAAUCUCUAGCCGCAGACAACACACCUGAAGAAUUAACAGAAAACAAGAUGAUUUAAAUUCAGGAUUCCCAGUUCCAAAACCAGGCCCCUUCUUGACAGACUACAGGGGCAGCAGACAGAACUGUUGGGUCUGAAUAGGCUGUGUAAUAGGAUGGUUUGCCUCUUCUGGGCUGGAGCUAGCCAACCCUGAUUACAGAAUGAGCCACUCCUGGGAGAGAUAAGGGUGACUGCCCUAUAAAGAGCAGCAAGAGGGCGCAAUGAAGUAGAAAGAGGAGUGGAGGGAAUGGCAGCGAGUGAAAGGUUUCUGCAAGGAAGACUCUGAAACUAAGGGAGCUGUGACAGAGAGGAGAGGCAGUAUUCCAGAGGCUCCUGCUAGGGGCCCUGACUGAGAGAAGGGUUUGGGCCUGGAAGCCAGAACCAGGGGGCUGAGGUUCAGUCAAGUAAAGCCUGGGAGAAUGGGGCUUAGCUCCUACGAGUGACCCUGACUAGCAGAGUGUGACUGAAUUGAUGUUGGAACCAGGAAGUCCAGUAUGUAAGGACUCAAUAAAUGGGUCCCCAGGAGGGGAAUGUUGUAAUUACCUGUUGAUGGUGAGUUAUUAAGGGGCCCUGAAUAGGGGAGA